AUUUUGGCUAGAGCGGUUCUUUUUUUCUUGCUUGUGUAUAAAUAUGUUGGGAAAAGUUUGUUAAGCCAUCAGUCAGCUUCGAACAUUUACCAGUGUUACAUUUCCUACGCUUAAACAGUUGAAAAAUGAAGGCUUUCGUAGUGUUUGCUAUGGCCAUCGCCAUCGUGGCCAGUGCUGCCGUGGAAAAGAAGGAGGCUGAAAAGUCAGCUGCUCCAGCGGAAGGCGAGAAGAAGCAGGACAAACGAGGUCUGUGGGAUUUGGGAUACGGAUAUGACUCGCAUGGUUGGGAUUCAUCAUCGCAUCUGUCGCAUGGAUGGGAGGAACCUCACGUCACUACCAUCAUCAAGAAGGAACACGUUCCAGUGCCAUAUGAAGUUGAGAAGCACGUCCCAUACCCGGUGAAGGUCCCAUACCCAGUAACUGUCGAAAAGCACGUGCCAGUCGUUGUGGAGAAGAAGGUUCCAGUUUACGUCGAGAAGCCAGUUGCCUACCCAGUCAAGGUUCCGUACAAGGUUAAGGAAUAUGUCGAAGUCCCCAAGCCAUACCCAGUGCACAUUGAAAAACCAUACCCAGUCAUCGUCAAGAAGCCAGUGGUCGUCGAAAAGCAUGUCCCAGUCUACGUCAAGUCCCACGGCUGGGAGCCCCAUAGCCACUCCUACUCCGAGUACCAUUCGUACCACUAAACAAAUAAGACUGGUUCUAGCUCCUAGGAAAACCUAGGCUAACCACUAAGUUCCCAAAAAAUGUUUGUUAAUCCCAUUAAAUCAAGCUCAAGCUAUUCCUAUAUUGUGAUCUUCAUGUAUUUCAUCGCUUCUAGCGCGUACAAGUCUUUCAAUUUGUUCGACUGUUUACGUUAUCGAUACUCGACUUGUUACAACUGCUGGAGAAAAUACUCAACUUUUCGUCUCGUAGAAAAGCACAUAACUCUCGUAAGCCCCAAACCGUUCAUUUUUUCAACUUGUUGACCAAUGUAAAUAAAUUAUUUUACUUUGCCUACAUGUUGUAAGCAAAAUGUAAUAAAAAGAAUAAAAAA